AAAAGCGGCGGCGGCGCCCGGGGCUCGGCGUGGCGGGAGCGGCUCGGGCGCUGCUGCGUGCCGAGGGUACGGCGUGCGCGGGGCUGCACCGAGCCCGCGGCCGUCCGGCGCUGAAGGAUUUUGGAGCAAGAAUUGGCGAGCCCGAGGCUGAGAGCUGCUGCGGGCUGGGAGGGCUCCGCUUUACGCGUGUGCGGGCAGGAGCGGUGCGGCGCGGGGCUGCCGCUUCCCCGCGGGGGCAGCUGAGGAUGACGGCACCGAGAGCCGCGCACCUGGCGGGGCUCGGGAUGGUCUGGAGGCGAUUUGUGCCCAAGGCUCCGGUUACCGAAUUGCCAGGGCUAUGAGAGAGCGCGGCCCGCAGAGCCUCGGUGCACACGUCCUGUACGUGGGGCUGCUCCGACACCCGGGGAUGCUGCACAGGGCCAAGUACAGCCGCUUCAGGAACGACUCCGUAACGUCUCUGGACGAAGGGCCGCAAAACAUCAAAGGUUCCUCCUCCUCCUCCCACCCUUCAGCACCCAGCCUGCUGGCAGAGGACGUCCCGCUGGGUCCGCAGGACACCUGCACCACGCUGUGCGCGCUGAUCCCGCGCAUGGCCAACAUUAAACUCGCCAACCCCUCCGCUCUGCCCGGCCUGAAGAGCUUCUGCCUGGGGAGCAAGGAGGUGCCGAGGACCAAACUGACUGAGUGCGUCACCGUCCCCGGCGGCCCUUCCUCGCCUGAGCUCGGCUGCCUCUCGGCCUCGUACCCUCAGCCCGGCACGGAGGGGCCACACCAGACCCCGAGGCCCGCGGGCGGCUGCGCCGGGCGGGGAGCGGCGGAGGCGGUGGGCAGGCUGGGAGGGAGCCUCGUGCCCAGCGGGGAGAGUGCGGAGGAGCCGGGCACAAGCUACGGUGUGAGGUACAUGGGCUGUAUUGAAGUGCUGCAGUCAAUGAGGUCCCUGGACUUUGGCACACGAACACAAGUCACCAGGGAAGCAAUAAGCCGACUGUGUGAAGCUGUAUCAGGUACAAAUGGAGCGAUCAAAAAGCGGAAGCCUCCAGUUAAGUUUCUGUCUUCUGUACUUGGCAAAAGUAACCUUCAGUUUUCUGGCGUGAACAUAAAGCUGACCAUUUCAACAAACAGCCUCACACUGAUUAACACUGACACGCAGCAGAUUAUUGCCAACCAUCACAUGCAGUCCAUCUCAUUUGCUUCUGGAGGUGACCCAGAUACAACAGACUAUGUUGCAUAUGUAGCAAAAGAUCCUGUUAAUCAGAGAGCAUGCCACAUACUGGAGUGUCCCAAUGGGAUGGCACAGGAGGUGAUAAACACCAUAGGGCAGGCUUUUGAGCUCCGGUUCAAACAGUACCUGAAGAACCCAUCCAGCCUGGUGACUUCUAAUGGAAGUGAGGCAGUGAGUGCUGAUGGAUCAGCUGGGAAUUUACAGGAGAGGGAGGAUCAUGAAUAUUACAACGAAAUUCCAGGGAAAGAGCCUCCCACUGGUGGAGUAUUAGACAUGCGAAUGAAAGUGCCAACAGACCAAAGGUCUGGCUGUUUUAUACAGUGCAAAAAGCAGCACUGCUUGACAGGCAGCCCGACAUUCAUCAACAUAUAUGAAAAUUGCCCAGAAGAAAGCAAAACCAUGGGUUCUUGUGGUGAAAGAUCACAGAAGACAAAGAAAGAUGCAACAUUACUGAAGUCUGCCUACAGAACAGAUCUUUUUGAUGAUCCAUGUUACAUCAACACGCAGGCCCUGCAAUCUGCAGUCUGUACAGCCCGGGGUACAGCAGCAACACAGAUCCCUGGCAGCCCACUGAGUCACACAAAGUUACCAGAAACUGUGCAGCAGAGUGCCACAAGCAACACAGCUGGUCUCUGUGUUCUGCCACAAAUAAAACAACAGCUAAGGAAUGAAGAUUGUUACCAUGGCAAAUUAAACAGGAAAGCAGCAGAGAGCCUCUUAGUCAACGAUGGGGAUUUUUUGGUGCGAGAGAGCACAACGUCACCUGGUCAGUAUGUCCUCAGUGGACUUCAGGGAGGGCAAGCAAAGCAUCUUCUCUUGGUGGAUCCUGAGGGCAAGGUGAGAACCAAAGACCACAUAUUUGAUAGCGUGGGUCAUCUUAUUCAAUAUCACAUGGAAAAUAAUUUGCCAAUCAUCUCUUCUGGAAGUGAAGUGAGCUUGAAACAACCUGUAAGGAAAGAGAGUAAUAUGGGACACUUGCAUUAUCACAAAUAAUUCUUUGGAUCUCACAAACCCCAAGACAAUUUGUAUCUGGAAACUUCAUUGACUAUUAUAAAACUUCAUAUUACGAAGACAAUUCAAAAAGAAUAGACUGCACUUUCUACUGCUGUUCCAGAAGAUAUCCUUUUGUGUGUGUGUAUAUAUGAAUAUAUGUAUAUGUGUAUAUCUAUGUAGAUCUAUAGAGAUCAAUAAGCAUAGUUAUAUAGAUAUAUAUAAUCUUAACAAAAUUACACCUUCAGAGUGUGAGAUUCAUUUGUGAGAGGAUAUUUUAGACAUGCACAAAUGUCACUUUCAAGGUCAUACUGAAUCAGUAACUAUUUAAAAGCACAAUCAAACCUCUACAUGUAAAAGCUCACUUGAAUGAACUACUGGAACAUUAGUACGUGCCUUUUAGGAUAGAGUUAUUGGAAACCAAUAUUAUUUAUACUGAAUUAGUUUUGGAUGGUUAAACAAACAUGUCUAACCUUUUCGCUAUUUGCCAAAACAAAUGCAAUUUGAAUAUUACUAAAAUAUCAUCUGCUUUCGAUAGACACUAACAAUCUCAUUUUGCUUGUAACAGCACUUUACUAGCAAGUAAUGUUUGAAAUGAAUGGUGUUCACAAUACAAAAAGAUUGUAUGGUUUCUUGAUUAUUUUUUAUCACCGUCUGACAACUCAAAGACUGAGAUUAUGCAAUAUUUACAAAGUUGAAAUUGAUAUGUGUAAUAUUAUUUUGGAAUAGAACUUACUAAGGGGCAAGCAUGCUAGAUCCUAAUAUUUUUGUCUUGCAUAAAAUUUUACUAUUAUUACCAAUUAAUACCGGAGUCAUCUCUUUUUAAAGGUAGGCUAAAUAUAUUUUCAUUGAUUACAUAGUUGUUUACAAACUAGAAAAGCUGAACAAAACUAAUGAUACAUUUUGAGAGAAAACUAUUUAAAAGACUGUUUGAACUUUGCAUGUGCCCUUAUUCAGUAUUCUUUCCAACACAAUAUAUGAUUUUCCCUUUAUUCAUGUAGAGUCCAAUUGUUCCUCAAGUCUUUUAAAGGAAACGUAUCUAUUGUUUGGUCACAAUAAAUAAUCUCAAUACAAACACUCGUAUAUUCCGAGUUCACAGAGGUUUCUUGGGCUUCCUGUUGAAGAAACUGAUUUUGUAAGUAACUGAAGAAAAGGGAAGAAGAAUCUGGGAAAUUAGACUGAAAGUCCAGGUAAUAGCCUGAGAAAGUUGUAUGUUUAAGAUAAGUAAUGUCUUCUGGCACUGGCAGGGACAUUCUCUGUCUCCUAGCCUACCAACAUAGUUCCAUCAGGCAGACAAUUUUUGACCAAUUAGUGGAAGAAAAUAUUUGACUAUUAAGAAAAAGUUAUCUUCACGUUAAAUGGGACAGUAUAGUAAGAGCUCU